AUGAGCUGGGGAGCCAACCAGUCAACCAAGGGUGAUCCUAAAGCCCCAGGACCUGCAGGUUCUUUGGUCAGCUGCAGAUGGAAUCAAGAAGCCUCUGCCAAGAAGAGGAGAGAGCUUCCUGCCAGGGCACCCCCAAGCUAUGAAGCUCACAUGCUUCUGCGCCUGCGGGCACAACAGGGUCCACGCAAAGAAAACUGGCCUCAUCCUCCACCCUACCUUGCUCCUCCCUCUUAUGAGGCUUCCCACCAUAGAGUGCAGCCCCAGCAACGGGUAGGCAAGUCAGAUUCAACAGGGAAGCUCAUCCAAAGUGGAGCUGCUAAGAAACACCGAGAGAGAGAAGCGGGCUGUGAGUCAGAGCCCUUGACUCACACACCUGGGAGGAAGGCAGGCAGGUGGCACACUAAAAUGCCAGGCAGUUGGAGUUACCUUUCAAGAGCCAGAACGUGGGGUGGCCCAAGAAUGCAGUUGGAGAAGGCCAGCUCCCCAUCCCAUUUGGGCUCUGACUGGGGCAUGAGUCCCCAACACCGAAGUCAUACCCUUCCUCUGGUGAAUAAGAGGAGCCAGGUCAUGACACUGCCCUGCCAUCCUUCCCAACACACCCUUCCUGCUGGAUGGGGCUUUAGCCAUGCAGCCGGUUGGUGUGGAUCCAAGAGGGAUGGGAGCAGAGCAAAAGAGAAACGCUGCCAAGACUUCUACCCUAGGUGGAAGGAACCAAGCCCUUCCAGGAAACUUGCAGGGAGUCAGCCAGCUUUGUCCAAGUCCAUGCCCCGAAGGCACAGGGGUCUAUUUGUAAUUGACGCCACUUGUGUGGUGAUCCAGGCUCACUACAUUCCAUCACCCCGAAUGGAGCAAGUCUGCUACCUGGCCCAGGGAGAGGCAGGUACCACAAACCCCCCCACAUCUCCUGGCUCUCCAGGCCCUACCUCAAUGGAGGAACGGGCUGCUCACAUACUAGGCCUCCCCUUGCAUGAGUUGGGGGUCACAGAGGCAGAGCAGGGAAUUAUGGCACCCAGGAUCUCCGGAGUAGAGAAUGGUGCUAUGCCUGGGGACAGUUCUGGGAGAAAGAAGGUGAAGAGGGUGACUUCUGCUCCAGGCAGUCCUAGGAAGCUUUCUGGACCCCCAACCCCAAACCAUUCCCAGGUUGGGCCUGCAAAGCAGGAGCCAACCUACCUGGAAGAGAAAAGGUCUCCGGCAUCCCCUUGCCCAAGAAGCCAUGGCCUGCCAAAAAGGAAAGAAGAGCCAGGGAUUUCUGCCCAAAGGCAGUCCUAUAUUUGCGACCUGAAGGAAGCCAUGUCAAGGAUCCGCCGACACACAGCCCCAGACUCAGACACAGAUGAGGAGCUGGAGAAGGAGUGGCAGCCCACCUGUGAGCGAUCGUCGUGGGGAGGAAGGUUGAACCAAGAGGUGCUCAUGUGCAGAAGCACCAGCAGCAGCAGUCUAGACAGCAGCAGCUCCAAUGCCACAGUAGUGCCAGGAAAUGCCACUCCUGGCUGGAGACCCAGGCCACAGACUCAAAGGGCAACUACAAGCAGGGAGGGGUCAGGCCCAGCCAAGGAAUGAAGACUGGCGAGAAGUGAAAUUCCAACACAGAUCAGCGAUGAUAAACGUUUUGAACUCUGCAUGUCAAAAAUUCAGCAAAUGCCUAAAUGGUAUGUCACCCCCACCCAACAAUUCUCUAUUUCCUCCCCACCCAUCUAGGACAUUCUGAAGAGUGGCAGUGGUGGGAUUCAGCCAGUUCGCAACUAUUCGGGAGAACCGGUUGUAAACUUUCUA